AUGUACGCUUUGCCUGCUGGUACUGAGGGUGACUGCUACCUGUGUGUGCCGCCCGACCCAGGUAUAGCGGCUGCUGCUCUAGGUGCUAGUGAGUCUGCUCUCUCUGGUAUAGAGGCUGCUGCUCUGGGUGCUAGUGAGUCUGCUCUCUCUGGUACUGCGCCUGCUAAGGCCUUGCACACCUUCACACUUGACUCAGUUCUUGCACGUUCCUCCACUGUUCUCCCGUGUCCGGCGGUUCCGUCUGGCUCACUGACAGGUCUUCACCUCCCCUCGUUCUCUACGAACUUGGUGAGAACCGCCGUCCUUCAGGAUGCUAGGGUUGACACCUUUACCCUUGGAGGACAGCGUGUGGCGAUCUGCACGUGUGCACGGACGGGCCGUCACCUGGCCACGUUCACCCGUCGGCCUGGGUCGAGCCUGUACACACUGACUACUGAGCCUCCUCAGGUCUCUGCCCCCCCUCCCGCGCUCGCCUGCCCCGCCCUGCCUUCCUUGCGUCGAUGGUGGCAGCGCGCCGCUCCUCACUCCUCCUCGUUUCCCCCGACGACUGCUCCCCUGCAGACUCUCCACAUGGACGUGUGGGGCCCAGCCCGCGUCAGUGGACAGGGCCGCGAGCGGUACUUUCUGCUGGUUGUUGACGACUACUCGCGUUACACCACGGUCUUCCCCUUGCGCAGCAAGGGUGAGGUCCCUGCUGUCCUGAUCCCUUGGAUCCGCGCUGUUCGUCUCCAGCUCCGCGAGCGGUUCCGCACGGACUUUCUUGUCCUGCGUCUGCACUCUGACAGAAGUGGUGAGUUCUCCUCCGACCUCUUGCAGGACUUUUGUCAGGGGGAGGGCAUCCUCCAGUCGUUCACGCUUCCGGCCUCCCCGCAGCAGAAUGGGAUUGCUGAGCGCCACAUUGGCUUAGUCAUGGAGGUCGCUCGUACCUCUAUGAUCCAUGCGGCUGCUCCCCAUUUUCUGUGGCCGUUUGCAAUCCGAUACGCUGCGCAUCAGCUCAACCUCUGGCCCCGUGUCUCCUUGCCGGAGACCUCGCCCACGCUGCGUUGGACGGGGGAGGUUGGCGAUGCGUCGCGGUUCCGGGUCUGGGGCUCCCGUGCCUUUGUCCGCGAUACCACCGCGGACAAGCUCUCCUCUCGCGCUAUUCCCUGCGUCUUCCUUGGCUUUCCCACUGACGCGCCUGGCUGGCAGUUUUACCACCCCACCUCGCGCCGUGUCUUCGCGUCCCAGGACGUAGACCCACUUCCCUUGGCUGAGCCUGUCGAGGUCACUUGUGACUCUGGUGCUGCUGGUGGUGGUACUGCUCGGGGUGCUGCGUCAGGAGGUGCUGAGCUAUCGGGUGCGGAGCUUGAGCGUGCGGAGCCUGGGGGUACUGGCACUGCUGGUCCAGGAGGUGCUCGUCCUGGGGGUGCUGGAGCUGGAGCCCCUGGAGCUGGAGCCCCUAGAGCUGCUAGUCCUGGAGGUGCUGGCGGUCCUACUGGAACUGGAGUCGACAAGGGCCUCUCUCACCACAGCAGCUGCGUGAGUGGCUUGCUCGACGCACGCGCCUUCGGAAUGACGCUGCUGGAGCUGGAGGUCCUGCCGCUGGAGGCGGUGGUGCUGGAGGCGCUGGUGCUGGAGGCACUGGAGCUGGAGGCGCUGGAGUUGGCGACUCUGGAGCUGGAGCUGCUGGUCCUGGAGGUGCUCGUACUGGAGGUACUGGAGGUGCCGGAGCUGGUGAUGCUGCGGGCACUGGAGUUGCCGGAGUUGGUGGAGUUGCGGGCUCAGGAGCUGGAGACGCUGCAGCUGGAGGCGCUGGAGCCGGAGCCGCUGGAGCUGGAGGCACUGCUGGAGGCACUGAAGUUGAAGGCACUAGCGUUGGAGGCGCUGGGGCUGGAGGCACUGGCGCUGGACGUCCUGAAGCUGGAGGCGCUGGUGUUGGAGGCGCUAGAGCUGGAGGCGCUGGAGCUGGAGGCACUGGCGAAGGAGGCACUGGAGCUGGAGGCACUGGCGCUGGAGGCACUGCCGCUAGACGUACCGGAGCUGGCGGCGCAAGAGCUGGAGGCGCUGGAGCUGGAGGCGCUGGAGCUGGAGGUGCUGGAGCUGGAGGUACUGUGCAGCAGCGACCGUUUCUCUUGCCGCCGCCGCAGCUAUCUGAGCUUCCGCCCAAGUCGGUACUUCGUCAGGUUCUUAGUCUUCCUUCGUCCACUGCCCUUCCUCCGGACUCCUCGCUGCCUUCCUGCCCCGUCUCGUUACACUGAGCAGCCAGUCUCCCUUACAGAGCAGCGCGAGCCUGCGUCUCGUCCUGUCUCCCCUGUCCGCACUGUUCGCACAACUCGUCGUGUCCCGCGUCCGCGUCCUCCUCCUGUGCCAGGUACUCACACUAUGGCACUUCGUCCUUCCACUGAUCCUCGGCUUGUCCCUCUGCCAUCUCCUCCUCCUUCCUCUCUUCCUCAGAUUCCUGACGCUGACUCUGACCGUGUUCGUGCUGCCAGCCCUACUGUCACGCGUCUGUUGGCUACUGCUGUCACUGACCCGUCGUUUGAGUCUACUGCUGCGUCUGCCUUAGUUGCUGAGCUUGUCGACUUUGCUGCUGCGUGUCGUCUAGACUACGCCGCCAGUCUUGUUGCUGAGUCUGAAUCUGUCUGUCCUCCGUCCGUCGGGGGUGAGUGUGCUCUUGGCACGGACGUCCUUGAGGACAGGCAGGAGGACUUUGAGUCUCUUGCGGCUGCUGUACCUCAUCUCGUGGCCUGGCUGCUUGCACAUGAAAGAGACCCGGAUGCACCAGACAUCCCGACCUCGCGCUCUUACGUAGAGGCGAUUUCGGGUCCCUACUCCUCUCAGUGGCAGACAGCCAUGGACGCAGAGAUGGCAUCCUGGAAUUCCACAGGCACCUACGUCGACGAGGUUCCCCCUCCUGGGGCGAACAUAGUUGAUGGCAUGUGGAUUUUCAAGGUGAAGCGGCCGCUGGGUUCUCCGCCUGUCUUCAAGGCUCAUUACGUUGCACGAGGCUUCAUCUACGGUCUCCGCCAGGCGCCUCAUGAGUGGCACGACACACUGAGGACGACACUUGCGGCUCUUGGGUUUGCUCCUUCCACUGCUGACCCGUCGCUGUUUCUUCGCACCGACACUUCUCUGCCGCCGUUCUACAUCCUCGUGUACAUCGACGACUUGGUCUUUGCCACUGCUGACACUGAGGCACUCGCCCUUGUGAAGUCGGAGCUGCAGAAGAGACACACGUGCACAGACCUGGGUGAGCUGCGCAGCUACCUUGGCUUGCAGAUCACCCGAGACAGAGCACGCCGCACCAUCACCCUGACUCAGUCACACAUGGUGCAGCAGGUCCUUCAGCGCUUCGGUUUCCAGUUCUCCUCACCACAGUCCACUCCUCUGCCUACCGGUCACUCGCUCUCAGCUCCACCUUCAGACGAGUCCGUAGAGCCGAGUGGCCUGUAUCCAGAGUUUGUGGGCUGCCUCAUGUACCUGAUGACUUGCACUUGA